AUCUAUAACAAACAAUAAAUUGCUUCAAAGGUAUUCGUAUUACCCAAACUAUUUUGUAAAAGAAACAUCGUGGUCAUUAGAAGUAUAGUUUCUUUCAUUUUUCACUUUCGAAUCGCCAUUCAUUACAUUGUACUUUUAACCAUUUGCCCUGAACAUCAGUAGAAUAUUAGCUGUUGAAAUUUGGGUGAAGUCAAAUGGCUGCUCGAUCUGGCACUAAGAAGGAGCACCUGUUCAAGAUUCUGGUCAUCGGAGACUUGGGAGUGGGCAAGACAAGUCUCAUCAAAAGGUACGUGCACAAUUACUUCUCAACACAUUACAAGGCCACGAUUGGGGUGGACUUCGCACUGAAAAUACUGGAUCUGCCGGACAACACUAUAGUCCGCCUGCAGCUGUGGGACAUCGCCGGACAGGAGAGAUUUGGACAGAUGACCAGGGUCUACUUCAAAGAUGCUAUUGGCGCUUUUAUCGUGUUUGAUGUGACUCGGCCACAGACUUUUGACGCAGUGAGCAAGUGGAAGUAUGACUUGGACAGCAAAGUGUACCUGCCAGACAACUCUGCAAUACCCGCUGUACUCCUAGCCAACAAAUGCGACCAGACAAAAGAAGGACUCGUGAACAACAGACACAAGAUGGACGAGUACUGUCAGGAGCACAAAUACAUCCGCUGGUUCGAAACAUCCGCCAAGGAGGGCUACGGAAUAGACGACGCCGCCGAGUGUCUGGUCAGUAAAAUCCUAGAGAUAGAGAACGCUAACAACAAAGACAACGAUCAUCAGCUGAACGAUGCAGGAUUCAUCUUGAAACCACCCAAAGACGAGGGAACGAAGAAGCGCCAAAAGAAAUGCUGUGGAGGUGCCAAGUAACUGACAAUUUGUUUUCUUUUGCUCCUAAUGUCAUUAAUUAAAUUGUGCGAGAAUUAAAAAU